AUGGACAUUACCGUGAAAGAAUCAAAGUCUACCUGGAGCCAUACCUUCCCACAAUUAGACACCUCGCUGACUGUUCUCAAAUUUCGUGAAUUAAUUGUAGAGAAUCACAACCAAGCACUUCCUUCCGAUGUGUGGCUUUUAUCAGAAGUAACCAUCAUUAACGGAGGUAAAUUUCUCAAGAAUGAUGAUGAAACUCUUGCCGAUGCUAAAGUAAAAGCAAGCGUGUUAGUCUAUUUGAAAAAACAACCUGCUUCAUCAUCAGCAGCUAGUUCUACUUCCACAACAGCAACAACCAUCACAUCAAACUCUACCUCUUCAAAUACUGUAAAUAAUAAUAGCACAACCAAUAGUACUGUUGGUAAUAAUUCACCUCCUCCUGUACAACAACAACAAUCAAUUGUCGAUAAACAAUUGGAACAAGCACGUCGUCUUGAAAAGAUCAAGUUGGCUGCUUUGGAAAUGGCUAAACGAUCCAAUGGUGGAGAUAGUCGAUAUGAACAAUACCACUUUGUUUUGGAAGAUCAGAAUGGAAAUAAGAUUAGAUUACCAGAAUCUGAAAGAGAAGCUCUCGUGGUAGGAAUGAUUUUGCAACAAAAGAGUGAAGAAUUUAUCAAGAAGAAGCAAUACAGAGAAGCAUUCGAUUGUUUGCAAGUAGCAGAUGAAGCAUUCAAAAAGUUACCAAUUGAAUUACUUUCCAUGAUUGAUAAUUAUGCAACCUUAUUGAUUGAUAUUGUUUGGGUAAUGUACAAAUUAAAGGAUCCAACAAUGCUAUUUGAUGCUAUUCAAAGAUUGCAAUUGGCUGAAAAGAUUCUCAAGGCCUCACAUGGUGAAAAUUUGGAAAGAUUAAUGACAAUUCAAGGUGGCAAAUUUGCACAAUUCCCUCUCUAUUGUAAACUAUCAUUAUUGAAGGGAAUUAUUUGUUUGGAGGUUGAUGAUAAGAGUUCAGCAAAAGUUUAUCUCGAAAAGGCCAAUCAAGAUUACAAAAAAUUAGUUCUCGAUCCAACCCUUAUUGAACAAGUUGUUGGUAUGGGAUUUACCUAUAAGGAGGCUAGAAAGGCUUUGAAAGAAUGUCAAGGAAAUGUGGAAAAUGCACUCACUGCAAUUAUUGAAAAGAGAGAACUUGCCAAGAGAAGAGAAAUGGAAGAAUUCGAAAGAAAACAAGAUAGAAAAAAGCAACUUGCAUUUGGAAACACUAAGAAUGGAAAGCUUGUUGAUAUGAAACUCUUAAAGGCUUUGCAUUCUGUAUUCUCUCAAUUGGAUGAAGAGACUAUUGCUGAGGCAAUCAAGAUGGCUGACAAUGAUGAACUUGUUUCAACCCAACUAUUGUGUGAUCCACAAACUUUGGAAGAGUUAGCCUAUAAGGUUGAGGAAAAUAUUCAUCACAGAUAUGUAGAUUAUGAACAAGUUUAUAACUUGUGCAUGCUGGGUUUUGAAAUGCAAAGUGUUGUCUUUGCUCUCAAGAAAGCACAAGGUAUGGGAAAUAGAGGUAAAAUUGAAGAAAUUGCUGUCGACAUGAUUAUUAAUGGUAAGGCAAAACCAAAGAUUCAAUCCAAAGAUUUGGAUGAUAUUGCUGCUUACAUUAUCAAAAAGUCAACUUCUGGAACUCUCCUCUCACAACCAGCCACUACUGGUGAAAGUGCAAGCAGUGAAGUACCAAACAGCCAAGACUCGAUGCUCGAUGAAGGAGAGGAUGAUCAACAAUUUCCACCUGAAGGUGCUAGCUCUAUAAAUGCUCAAGAGGACGACGAAUAUAGCGAGGAAGAUGAUGAGGAUGAACAAGAACCAAACACACCACUCGAUGAUGUCUUUAAGAAGAAACAAGAAAUGGAAGAUAUCAUUGAUGAAGAAAUUGUUGAAUCAUUCUACAAUUCUCAACAAGACGAUGACUAUGCAGAUGAAAUGGAAGCAUUGAAUUUGUAUCUUUCAAAGUUAAAUUAA